AUGGCAACCAAAGUGAAGGGGAUUUACAAAUAUAUCUCAAAUAUUUUUGUUGUUAAGGAUAGGGAGUUGGAGAUUGGAGGUCCAACUGAUGUUAAACAUGUGGCACAUAUUGGUUGGGAAGGUCCCUCUGGAGGUGCACCUACUUGGAUGAAAUCAUUCAAGGCAGGACCUGAAUUUUCAGUAACUUCUAUUGGUAACUCUGGUUCUGCUAUUACUCCAUGGUCAUCUCAAGGUUGUGGUGAGACGACGAGGCAACUAACAACAACUAACAUGAAAACUUCAGAUGUUACUAGUCCUCCUAAGAAACAUAAACGGAGGAAGCCUAAAUCGACUUCCUCUCCAAAAUCUAGUUCACCAUCCACGUUGAGAUCAUCGCGAGCAACUAAACACAAGGCUAAAUCUGUUGAAAGCAAUCACACACCAACAGCCCUAGAAGUGGUUUAAUGUGUUGCAAACAAAAAAAAAUAAAUGUCAAGUUCAAAAAUGCACCAAAAAAAAAAAACAAUGACAUUUUGCAUAUAUCAUAGUUGAAGAGAAAGGCAAGAAAGGGGUAGAAAGUAAGUAAAUGUAGAGGAGGGGAACAUAGAAAUGUUGAUUUAAGAAAGGUGAAAUUUAAUUGUACUCAAAAACUUGGU